UGCUCGGCCUGCUCCUGGUCCGACGGAACCGCGGAAAAAUGGAACCAGAGGAGAACAAUUUGCUGGACCUUCCUGAUUAUGAAGGGAUAGAAGAUGAAGCUUUUCAACCUUUUCCACCUCCAGCCUCUCCAGGAAGGGAUGAUACUGGAGAAAAUGAGCUUACUACAGGUACAAGGAGGGAUCAGAUGGGAGAAAUGCCUGUAGUUACAAAGAAAACUGUAAAAAGGAAUUUGCCUAAGUUAGAUGCUCAGAGAUUAAUUUCAGAAAGAGGACUUCCAGCUUUAAGGCAUGUGUUUGAAAAUGUGAAAUUCAAAGGUAAAGGCCAUGAGGCUGAAGAUUUGAAGACAUUAAUAAGACACAUGGAGCACUGGGCACAUAGGCUAUUCCCCAAACUGCAAUUUGAGGAUUUUAUUGGUAGAGUAGAACAUUUGGGAAAUAAGAAGGAAGUUCAGACCUGCUUAAAGCGAAUUCGGCUGGAUCUUCCUAUUGUACAUGAAGAUUUUAUUAGUAAUGAUGGUGAUAAAGCAGAAGGAAAUGGAUUAGAUACAGCUGCUGUAGACUUUGAUUCCCUUUUUUCAAAUCAAGUUGAUAGAGAAAUAUUUGCAUCUCAGUUGAAUACAAGUUUAACAGAGGAACAACAGCAAAGAAUUGAGAAGAACAAACAACUAGCCUUGGAAAGGAGGCAGGCAAAAUUGUUAAAUAACAGUCAAUCCCAAGAAAAUGAUAUGUCAGUUAUUGGGCCCAGAACACAGGCAUUAGAAGAUAAGAGUACAAAUGAAGCACAAGAAGAGAAUUUAAAUGGAUUAAGUGAAGAAAGUCUAGAAAUCACAGACAGUGUUACUGAUACUAUAGAUAUAAAUGAUGACCUACAAACUUCAGGAGUAGAUGAAGUCAUUUAAAAUAUACAAUAGGACUAUUCAAUUCUUUUUAUUUAAGAACACUUAAGUGCCAUCAAUAGGUUUGUCUCAUUCAGAAGCAUGGAUAAAUAAGCCUCAGUUAAAACUAAAAAAUAAUCUACUCGUUCUCCAGUUUAACAAGUAGAGAUUUAUUACUGUAUUAGCUUGAAUAUAUUAUGACCUCGAAUAUAGUGUGAUCCGAAGUAUUUUGAAGGGUAACUCGAAGAGGAAACACCCAUCUUAUUUUCUCUUAACUCUUGAAUAAUAGUCACUUUAUAUUUGAAGUUUUUUCAAGGUCCUGAAACCAAGUUAAAGAAGUUUUAAUGCUAACACUUUUAUUAAAUAUGUAUUACUUUUAUAGGUACUUGUGAGAAACUACCUUCUAACAUUUAAUCAUGUUCUCCUUCCUCUUCUAUUUCCUCUUCUCUUGAAAUGGAAACAUCAUUUGAGUCAUUGCCAUCACCCUCUUCUUCCCACAAAACAUCAUCUUCACUACCAUCUAUAUUGUUUGAUACACAUUUUUUAAACCCAAGCACAGUGGACUCGGUGGAGAUUUUGUCCCAAGCAAUUUUGAUCCAGUUCACUAAUACAGUGACUGACGGUUUCUUUAUUUUUUCUGAUGGAGUAAACUCAUGGUUUUUAGCCAACAUCGACUCAUAUUCUUUCCUCAAAUGAUCUUUGAAUGGCUUAUUAAUUACUACAUCUAACACUUGUAAUCGUGAUAUUAUUUCUCCUCCUGAUAACAACUAGGUCCAAGCGCAUUUCAGCAACUCUCACAUUUUCAGUCAGGUGACCCUUGAAUGUCUCAAGUACAAGCAUUCCUCUCUGACGCCUACCCCAAACCACAUUCAACCAAUCUAACAUAAGUUCUUCAUAUAUCCAUCCCUUUUCCUGCACACAAAAGAUCAUUCCUGAUCGUAACUUUUCUUAGGUAAUGUUUUACACCUUAAAAUUACAUAAGGAGGCAGUUUUUUGCCUGUCAACUGUGACUGCAAGCAUCACUUCUAGUUUCUCAUUUCCAGUAGUUUUAAUUGGCACUGAUUUGGUACCUUUAGUAUUAAUGGUGACAUUUGACAGAAUAUCAAAGACAGGCGUUUGGUUGGCAUUUCCCAUCUGCCCCAGGAGAUAGCCAUGCUUUUUAUGGAUGCUGAGGCACAUAAUACACAACUUAUGGUUUCAAAGCUGGAAGUGCUUGAAUAUAGUGUGAAUGCAGCUUUCAAAAGUACAUAUUGGAGGAAAAAACGUUUGACUAUAUUCAGGCUAAUAUAGUACAUAUUUUUUUUCAUGGUGGGUAAAAACAUUUAAGUGGUUAGCUUUAUUGGAAGUUUUUUAAAGAGAUGGGCUACUUGUUUAUAUUUGUUCCACCUAUUUAUUUCUAUUAGCUUAAAUUGUUACAGCCUCCCGAACUCCUUUUACUUGUCUUUUUAUAUAGACAGAUCUUUUGACAAUUAGGUAUUUUCUGCUGCUAGUAUACAAUUUUUAAAAGUACUUAAUAUUUUAAGAUGUAGAGAUGAUUGUACACUUUUUUUGUAAAAUAAGUGAAUAAAU